AUGAAGACUACGCUGAGCAUCACCCUCCUCGCCCUUGCUGCCAGUCUGCUCUGCGAUGCCGUACAGGUCAAAGAAGGAGAGUUUACCUUCUCACUGGAGUCGGUGAAAAAGCUCAAAGACCUGAUGGACAAGGACCUGGAAGGAAAGCAGAGCCCGCGUCUGGCCAAGGCCAGUACUGCAACCGUGUGCAGUGACCCGGCACUCCUGCCGGAGUUUCUGCCCGUGUGUCGGAGCGACAGGGCCGGGCUGUCUCUCUCCAGACUGGCAUUUAUUGGCCUUAACUACGAUGAAUGCGAGAUCUGCAUGUUCGCCGCCUGCACGGGCUGCUAA